GUUUAAUCGCAGUUUGAUCGUAGGCUAAUCGUCCAGUUCAUACGGGGUGCAUACACCCAGGUCGGUACCUAAGUACUUUAAAGGCUGGUCGAGAUUGUGACUUAUAUACGUAAUGAAUGAAUCGUGCGGUAACACAGCAUUAGACCAUUAAACUAGAGGAUAAGGUUAAGAUUUGUCAUCAAUCAUUUCAGCGCGUUCAUUUGCAAAAGGUACGCAAUCCACCUACAAUUUCUCUCUACCACCUUGAACCCUUUUGGUUACAUCUCCACAUCUACAUCCUUAUGUCGCAAUCCCUUCACAAACUUGGUAUAUGACUUACAACCUUACAACCUAUCUCAAUGCUAAUAUCCGUGUAAGCUGAUGGCUUAUCCUGCAAAGGCUUGUGUAACUUGAUUCUUUAGCACUCUCAUCCCGUGUUAGGUCUUCCCGUCUUACAUGUAACCAGCGCCGACCUUAUCGGAACACCUCUUAUGGAAUUUUGACCUCUCGUGGCUCUUGUUGGCUCGCAGUACCUGUCCUACCCCACUUUUACUUCCUAGCCUCCUUUCGACGGCAAAAGUUUCUCCUUGGAACCCUCAUGGAACCCUGAAGCCUGUUUUAUUCAUAUAAAUUAGAAUCCUUAUAUACUGGCCACUAGAAGCCAGCUCUGAAGUUUGUAUAACCUAUAAAAAGAUACAAAUUAAAAAAAGAACAAAUACCUGCGUUGCAAGUAUGACAAGUAUGGGGUCUUCGCGUCACAUAGCGUGCAAGCUUUGUCGUGAGCGAAAAGUCCGCUGUCCGGGCGAACAACCAACCUGCGAAAAAUGCCGCCGCAUGGGUGAGCAGUGUAUAUAUCUGCCAAUGCAGAGAGGAAGCAAGGCUAGCUUGAACCAAACAGUAGAGGCAAUGCAAAAGCGAUUAGAUGAAGCAGAAACUUUCAUCCAGAAAAUGGGUGGGCAGUCGAAUAAUAAUACCAUAGCUGGAUCACCCUACAGUUUUGACUGGUUUGCCAACACCGGCUUUUCAACCAUGUCCCCCCCGAGCAUCCCGACACCCUCUAUGGUAUCCUCGGGAGGCGCUAACUCCCCUUCGAGUCAGCCCAACCACCAAGACAUGAUAUACCAACAGUCUAGCCUAAAUUUACCUGAUCAACCGCUAAGCAACGAGUUGCUUGAAUCGCUGCAAGCUACAGUCAGCCACAAGCCCUCAGGCGGGAGGAAUGACCCCGCUCAGUUUCGUAUGAGUGAGAGACCGAAUUUUGACAGAUCAAGUAUCGAAUUUUAUCCCCAAAUGGGGAUUUCUUCCCAGAGAGAGAGCCAUGACCAAAGACAGGGGCAAGAUGUCACGCGCCAUGCCCGUAAUGGCUCGACGUCUAGCAACACUCCAGUUUCUCCGUCGAUGUCCACCCGGAAUGACGCCGGGCCGGGAACAGGUUGCUUAAAUGAAGAUACAGGGGCAGCCAUACUCGAUCCCUUCUCAACGUUUUGCUCGUCAGUAGUCCGCCGCCAAUGUGAGAUGUCAGGAGUUGCCUCCGCUGUGGCAGAUUACAUAGCCUGGAUUCGCAGCGUCCCGCCUAGUGGCGCUCCGCUUCGUGCUAAUUCGAUAUACCAAGAAAUGCUGCAGAACAUAGAGAUCCGCGUCAGGGAGCUUAUCGAGAUAUCCCAAGCGGGACCCCACGAAUCUUUCCGGGAGACAUUGGCGGCGCUCGAACGUGCUGCGCCGUCGGGUGGUGCUGUGGCUGCCCGACUAGCCAGUUUAGAAGGGGAUCUCCAGAAGAAAUCGCAGGGCCAUUCGGACUUCUUCCAAAACGGUUACGACGCAUGCAGACGCCUCUCAGAGCAGAGGCGGGACGCCCCCUAAGUGUUAUAGCGGUUGACGGCAGAGUGCCCG